AUGAUUCCCCGCGUCUUAUCCUGCUUCACUACUCUCUGCUUGGUCAGUUGUAUUGCUGCGUUGAAUGUGCAGAUAAAUAGAACCGAAGCAUCUGUCGAUAUCUCAAAUUUUGCGGACGAGCAAGAGUAUAUUGCUUUCAACGCAGACGAAGGCUAUUGGGGGGAUGGAACUCAGUCUUUGAGAAGACAAGUAGGAGGUUUCAAUCACCAACGGCCGUGCAGGAAGCUAUCUGUGCGGAAAGAAUGGCGGGAUUUGAGUGCAACACACAAGAGAGAAUAUAUAAAGGCUGUCAAAUGUCUGUUGACCAAGCGGGCGCUUGAUCGCUCGCUGCCUAGGAAAUUCCACCGCUACGACGAAUUUACGUAUACCCACAGCAACGUCGCAGAGGGUAUUCACGGGGUUGGCCAGUUCCUUCCCUGGCAUCGCCAUUUUGGCCACUUGUACGAAAAGGCGCUUCGUGAUUGCAGCUAUCGAGGGCCAUUCCCAUACUGGGACUGGCUGAGGGAUACUAAUGGAACCGCACCGAUAGCUGAAUCACCACUUUUUGACCCGGUCACUGGCUUUGGGGGAGACGGAGUUCCGGGGACUUACACCCAGCCACCAGAUGAUGACGGAGCACUGAUUCCACUUGUUCCUGAUGCAAUGAAAGGUUGCGUUGGGACGGGCCCACUCGUGGGAGCCAUAUUUCACGUAGGACCCAACCGGCGUCUCACAGAUCACUGUCUCAACAGGAACUUCGGAGAGUUCGCUCGACCUGUGCUCAGCCAGCCGUUCAUUGACAAUAUCGAAAGCCAAACUACGUACGACGACUUUUGGAAUGCCUUGGACGGAAUACCAUUUAAACCAGACCUGAGGACUCACGAUGGGGGUCAUGCAUUUGUAGGUGGAGAUAUGGCAAGCUUCUACACCAGCUCCAAUGAUCCCGUCUUCUUCUUGCACCAUGCUGGUUUGGAUCGUUUAUGGUGGAAGUGGCAAACUCAAGACCUGCCAAACCGUUUAUACCAGAUGGGAGGACGUGUCAACAUUGCCCCGCCAUACGGCCAGGUGACGCUGGAUUAUCAAUUGCCAUUUGAUAUCAUUAGCAGCAGUGUCAAAAUUCGUAGCACCAUGGACCCUCGUUUGGAACCAUACUGCUAUACCUACUGA